CAAAGGACCUCAUCCUGCGAGGUCUCGUAUCAAUAUGUGCGCGCCCCAAACCACUUGCUCCUGUCGCAGUAGCCAAAGACAUCAUCAGAUUCCUCUUUGCAAGCGACGAAUACAAGCACCUAUACCCUCGCAUAAGUAACCAAAACAAAGGCAAACGAUGUUCAUGAGCUUUAAGUCUGCUUUACUCACAGCAUGGAAACAGUUCGAGAUCGAUACGCUAUGUCGAGGCUUGGAGCGUCACAGAAGUCAAAUUUGUCGUCUUAUUCUCACUACCCUGCAGUAAAUCGUAGUGUCAUAAUUUUGAUACUGAAUCGGCUGAUCGUUGCUUCACACAGGAAUCAAGCGGCGCCUUUAGCGGAAACUCAGGACCAAAACUUCUCGGAAGGAAAGGAUCUCUGUCAAAGAAUCUUGAUCCAUUUAGACAGAACAGGCUAUGGUUUUGCAAAAACUCGAUUACCAAACGUUUCAAACCAGCUACCAAAAAAUGAUUAAUGCAGGGCGGAAAUGACCGCUUGUAUCCAAAGACUCAUUCUUCGCAGCCUUCAAUACCAGGAAGUCGAUCAUUGUUAAUUGUCUUGGCAUAUCAACAGGCAUUUGGAUGGAUCUACGGCAAAUCAUCAGUUACAGACUUCCCCGCGUGGUUGCGAGACAAAGAUGCUUCUAUUCAACAAACCCCGUACGCAAGCGGAGCUCGCUGCAGGUAUUGACAACAAACCACUAAUUAUGACCUCGCCCUACAUCUGGAACUCAGUUACUUUAACUCAG